AUUCAAUCCUAAGGGACAGAGGUAAACUGGGGGCCCCCAUGGCAAACCUGGAGUGACCGAGGACCCUCCCCAGAGGCACCGAGGAAGCCAGGCCCACUCCCCUUGAUUGGCUGUGCUGGGCUGCCUGGAUUACUCCGUGGAGUAGGGGAACCCCAGCCAGCUCGGUGCUGCGGCUGGGGCCUUCCUCUGUGGGCCAGGAUGUGGGCAUCUUGGGCUCCUGGUUUGUGGCUCCUCGGGCUCUGGGCCUCCUACAGCUAUGGGACAAAUCCAGGUGAGCAGUGCCCCCAAUCCCAGCAAGAAGGACUCAAGUUGGAACACAGAAGUGACUUAACCAACGUGACUGGCUUCAACCUCAUCCGCCGACUCAGCCUCAUGAAGAUAUCUGCCAUCAAGAAGAUUCGAAACCCCCAUGGGCCUAUCAUCUUACGGCUGGGUGCAGCCUCACUCACCCAAAACACAAGACGCGUGUUCCCCCGGGGCCUGCCUCAUGAGUUUACCCUGGUUUUAACGCUGCUGCUCAAGAAACACACCCACCAGAACACAUGGUAUUUGUUUCAAGUGACUGAUGCAGAGGGGUACCCACAGAUUUCCCUGGAAGUCAAUAGCCAAGAGCAGAGCUUGGAGCUUCGUGCCCGUGGCCGAGACGGCGACUUUGUGUCCUGCACCUUCCCGGCGCCCCAGCUCUUUGACCUGCGCUGGCACAAGCUUAUGCUGAGUGUGGCUGAACGUGUGGCCUCUGUGCACCUGGAUUGUGCCUCAGCCUCCUCCCAGCCGCUGGGCCCCCGACGCCCCCUGCAACCUGGUGGCCACGUCUUUCUGGGCUUAGAUGCUGAUCAGGGAAAACCCGUUUCGUUUGACCUGCAGCAAGCUCAUAUCUACUGUGACCCAGAGCUUGUGCUGGAGGAAGGCUGCUGUGAGAUUCUACCCGGAGGGUGCCCCCCAGAGACCUUCAAGGCCCGCCGGGACACCCAGAGCAAUGAGCUCAUCGAGAUCAAUCCACAGACUGAGGGCAAGGUCUAUACUCGCUGCUUCUGUCUUGAGGAGCCCCAAAGCAGCAAGGUGAACGCCCAGCUGGCGGGAAAAAUCAGCCAGAAGGCAGAGUGGGGAAUGAAGUGCCCACCCUGUGUGCUCGCUGGCCGGGAGAGCAAUGGCACAAUUGGUCCCUCUGGCCCCAAGGGCGGAAAAGGUGAACGGGGCCUGCCUGGUCCCUCAGGCCUCAAGGGAGAGAAGGGAGCCCGGGGCAGUGACUGUGUCCAAACUUCCCUGGAUGCCCCACUCCAGUGUGCAGAAGGUCCGAAGGGAGAAAAGGGGGAGGCAGGACCGUUGGGCCCCUCUGGAUACCCAGGCUCCACCGGCCAGAAGGGCCAGAAAGGUGAAGUAGGAGCCGGAGGCAUCAAGGGUUCGCCCGGAAAGCCAGGCCGAGAUGGCCGGCCAGGAGAGAUCUGCAUCAUUGGGCCUAAGGGGCAAAAGGGUGAUCCUGGCUUUGUUGGGCCUGAGGGCCUGGCAGGAGAGCCUGGCCCUCCUGGCCUCCCUGGGCCCCCUGGGAUUGGACUGCCUGGGACUCCAGGGGACCCAGGUGGCCCACCAGGCCCCAAAGGAGACAAGGGCAGCUCUGGGACUCCGGGAAAGGAAGGACCUGGUGGUAGACCUGGCAAGCCAGGGGUGCCCGGGCUAAAGGGGGCCAAGGGGGACCCCUGUGAAGUGUGUCCAACACUACCUGAAGGGUUCCAGAACUUCGUGGGGCUCCCUGGAAAGCCAGGGCCCAAGGGGGAACCAGGUGAUCCUGCACCAGUUGGGGAGAGCCUGGGAGCUGCUGGCCAGAAGGGUGAUCGGGGAGACCCCGGCAUCCAAGGCCUCAAAGGAGAGAAGGGGGAACCUUGCCUGUCCUGUGGUUCAGCACUGGAGGCCCAUGGGCUUCCAACAGGGGUUAAAGAAGCAGUAGGACACUUUGGCCCUGGUCUGCCUGGACUUCCGGGGAAAGUUGGGGCUCCAGGGCCAGUGGGGUUGAAAGGAGAAAAGGGUAAUUUUGGGACAGCAGGGCCAAUUGGCAACCCGGGACCACCAGGGCCGGUGGGACCAGCAGGCAUCAAAGGGGAAAAAGGGGAAUCAUGCACACCUUGCCAGAGCCUACACAGCCCUCUGGGUGAGGAUGGCCCCAUGGCUGUAGCAUUACCUGGUCCUCCUGGGGAGAAGGGAGAGUCUGGGACUCCGGGCUUUGGGCUGCCAGGAAAGCAGGGAAAGGCUGGAGAGCCUGGACUGAAAGGGCAGAAGGGUGAUUCUGGGAGUCCUGGAGAUCCAGGGAUGCCGGGCACCACAGGGCAGCCAGGACUGUCAGGAGAGCCAGGAGUGCGCGGCCCCAUAGGCCCCAAAGGAGAGAAGGGUGAGAGCUGCACUGCCUGCUCCAGCCAGCAGGGGCCAGUGACAGAUGCAUCGGGACUUCCUGGAAAACCUGGUCCCAGAGGAGAACCAGGGCCUGAAGGUGUUGGCAGACCUGGUAAACCAGGCCAGCCUGGUCUACCAGGAGUUCAAGGGCCCCCUGGAUUGAAGGGCAUGCAGGGAGAGCCUGGCCCUCCAGGGCAGGGACUGCAGGGGCCCCAGGGGGAGCCUGGAGCCCAGGGUUUGCCUGGCAGGCAGGGCUUCCCAGGACCUCAAGGACCCCCUGGCCCCACUGGCGAGAAAGGUGCCAAGGGAUCUCCUGGAGCAGAUGGAAUUCCAGGCCCUGUGGGACCCCCCGGUGCUGGUGUCCCUGGACCUCCGGGUCCUGCUGGGCCUCAAGGACAGACUGGACUAUCCGGAGCUAGAGGGGUGCCGGGUGAAAAGGGAUCUCAGGGAGAGAAGGGUGAGCCGGGGGAGUGCUCCUGCCCCUCCCGAGGAGACUCCGUCUUCUCAGGCAUGCCGGGUGCUCCGGGACUUUGGAUGGGCAGCUCCUGGCAGCCGGGCCCGCAGGGACCCCCGGGGAUUCCGGGACCACCAGGACCCCCUGGAAUGCCUGGAUUGCAGGGUGUGCCUGGGCACAAUGGUCUUCCGGGACAGCCAGGAGUGGGAGCGGAGCUGGAAUCCUUACCCACUGAGUGGCGGCUCAUCAAGACCAUUUGCGGGGACUGUGCCCAGAGCCAGACAGCUCACCCAGUGGCACUCCUGGAAAAAGGACAGAAGGGAGACCAGGGUAUUCCUGGAGUGCCAGGUUUUGACAACUGUGCUCAGUGCUUCACUGAGCAGGAGCGCCCAAGGGCCGAGGAGGCCCGGGGAGACAGCGAUGGAGAUCCGGGCUGUGCUGGGAGCCCAGGCCUGCCUGGUCCCCCGGGCCUGCCAGGCCAACGGGGAGAAGAGGGUCCACCUGGCAUGAGGGGAUCCCCGGGUCCUCCAGGCCCUAUUGGCCCCCCAGGUUUUCCUGGUGCUGUUGGCUCCCCCGGAUUGCCUGGUCUUCAAGGAGAGAGAGGCCUCAGGGGCCUGACAGGAGAGAAAGGAGAACUGGGUCGUCCUGGACAGCCUGGCUACCCAGGUGCUAUGGGCCCCCCCGGAUUGCCUGGCACUAAGGGCGAACGCGGCUACAUGGGUCCCUCGGGGGAGAAGGGAGAAUCGGGUGCUCCUGGAUCUGAAGGCCUGCCAGGACCCCCCGGCCCAGCGGGUCCCCGAGGAGAGCGAGGACUGCAAGGGAACUCUGGUGAGAAGGGGGACCAGGGAUUCCAAGGGCAGCCUGGCUUCCCAGGGCCACCGGGUCCCCCCGGAUUCCCAGGCAAAGCUGGAGCACCAGGCCCACCUGGCCCCCAAGCAGAGAAGGGCAGUGAAGGGAUCCGAGGCCCCUCUGGCAUGCCUGGCUCUCCUGGGCCCCCAGGCCCUCCUGGAAUUCAGGGCCCCGCUGGUCUGGAUGGUCUGGAUGGGAAGGACGGCAAGCCUGGUCUGAGGGGGGACCCUGGUCCUGCUGGCCCUCCUGGACUCAUGGGUCCCCCGGGAUUCAAAGGGAAAACGGGACAUCCUGGCCUACCAGGACCCAAGGGUGACUGUGGAAAGCCAGGUCCCCCUGGCAGCAGUGGCAGGCCUGGAUCAGAGGGUGAGCCUGGUGCCAUGGGACCCCAGGGAAGACCCGGACCACCUGGCCAUGCUGGGCCACCAGGACCUCCGGGCCAGCCAGGCCCCGCAGGAAUCUCUGCUGCGGGCCUGAAAGGAGACAGAGGAAUCCCUGGAGAGAGGGGCCUUUCAGGCAUCCCAGGCCAGCCUGGUCCACCUGGACACCCCGGUCCGCCGGGUGAACCUGGUACAGAUGGUGCAGCUGGCAAAGAGGGACCCCCUGGAAAACAGGGAAUCUAUGGGCCACCCGGACCAAAGGGUGACCCAGGACCUUUGGGACAGAAGGGCCAAGCUGGAGAGAAGGGACGAGCUGGCAUGCCUGGUGGUCCAGGCAAGAGUGGCUCCAUGGGGCCUGUUGGCCCUCCAGGUCCUGCAGGAGAGAGAGGCCAUCCUGGAUCUCCAGGGCCUGCAGGAAGCCCCGGAUUGCCUGGGGUGCCUGGUUCCAUGGGAGACACGGUGAAUUAUGAUGAAAUCAAGAGGUUCAUCAGACAAGAGAUCAUUAAAAUGUUUGAUGAGAGGAUGGCUUACUACACCUCCAGGAUGCAGUUCCCUGUGGAGAUAUCUGCAGCUCCUGGGAGGCCAGGACCCCCAGGAAAGGAUGGUUCUCCAGGCCGGCCAGGUGCUCCAGGAUCACCUGGGCUCCCAGGGCAGAUUGGCAGAGAAGGACGGCAAGGCUUGCCAGGGAUGAGAGGAUUUCCUGGUAUCAAAGGUGAAAAGGGGGACAUUGGUGUUGGUAUUGCAGGAGAAAAUGGUCUCCCUGGCCCCCCAGGGCCUCAGGGUCCCCCUGGCUAUGGCAAGAUGGGUGCCACUGGACCCAUGGGCCAGCAAGGCAUUCCUGGCAUCCCUGGCCCCCCAGGCCCUGCAGGGCAGCCAGGCAAGGCUGGACACUGUAACCCCUCUGACUGCUUCGGGGCCAUGCCAAUGGAGCAGCAGUACCCACCCAUGAAAAACAUGAAGGGGCCUUUUGGCUGAACUCACCAUUGCUGUCAUAUGAAGGACUCCACUGGGACUGAGAGGCUUAACUUGCAGAAUUUUGUCAUGGGUUGUGAAUGUUUUGUUUUUCAAAUGCUGUUAAUAUUUUUUUAUCAAUAAAUAAACAAAACUCCCUGUGAUCCCACUCCAGUGGGGUUUCUCUGGUGCUCCA